AACAAAAAGAAAAGAAAAUAAGGGAAAAGAAAAGGAAAGGAAAAAAUCCUCUCUCUCUCCUUUACUAUCCAAUAUAUGUCGAUCUUUAUGGAUAUAUAUAUAUAACUAAGCGCACGCACCAUAUAUAGUUACUGAAAAGAAAGACCAUACUAGCAAGCUAUAUAACUGAUCAUCAUCAAUUCAUCAUCUUCUCUUGUGUGUGUGUGUUGUGUGUGUGUGUGUGUGUUGUGGGGAUGAGAGUGAUGAUGAGGUUGGUGUGUUGGCCUUCGUCGGUGCCUGGUGGGAAGGCGAUGAGGGGAUUGCUGGGGAGCAGAUGGCUGGUGUUCGUGGCGGCGAUGUGGAUGCAGUCGUGGGCGGGGGUGGGGUACCUGUUCGGCAGCCUGUCGCCGGCGAUCAAGAGCUCGCUGGGCUACAACCAGCGCCAGAUCGCCAGCCUCGGCGUCGCCAAGGACCUCGGCGACUGCGUCGGCUUCUUCGCCGCCACCCUCUGCGACCUCCUCCCCCUCUGGGCCGCCCUCCUCGUCGGCGCCCUCCAGAACCUCCUCGGCUACGGCUGGAUCUGGCUCAUCGUCGUCGGCCGCGCCCCCCUCCUCCCCCUCUGGGCGAUGUGCGUCCUCAUCUUCAUCGGCAACAACGGCGAAACGUACUUCAACACUGCCGCAUUAGUCUCCUGCGUGCAGAACUUCCCCAAGAACCGCGGCCCUGUCGUCGGAAUCCUGAAGGGCUUUGCGGGUCUCAGUGGUGCAAUCUUGACGCAAAUCUACGCGAUGAUCAACGUGCCCGAUCAAGCUGCCCUCAUCUUCAUGGUGGCGGUAGGCCCCACCAUAGUGGUCAUUGCACUAAUGUUCAUCGUCCGGCCCGUCGGCGGCCAUCGACAAGUUCGAUCCUCCGAUAAUUGUAGCUUCACGUUUGUGUAUAGCAUUUGCUUGCUCUUAGCUGCGUAUUUGAUGGGUGUCAUGCUACUCGAAGAUCUAGUCGACUUGAGCCACACGAUCAUUACCGUGCUCACGAUUGUGCUUCUUGUUCUAAUAGUAAUUCCGAUAAUAAUUCCCUUAUUGCACACUUUUCAUUCGGAUGAGAUUUCUACUUCUCAAGAACCUCUGUUUCCGGGGCCUCAUAAAGAGGAGGGGAGCAAAUCGCAGGAAGCGGUCCAACAGCAGCAGCAGGAAGUGAUUUUAAGUGAGAGUGAGGUGGAAGAUGCGAAGCCCAAGGAAGUUGACUUGCUUCCGGCUGCUGAGAGGCAGAAGAGGAUCGCGCAGCUGCAGGCGCGACUUUUUCAGGCGGCAGCGGACGGAGCCGUCAGGAUUAAGAGGCGGAGGGGGCCGCGCAGAGGGGAGAACUUCACACUUAUGCAAGCAUCAAUCAAGGCGGAUUUCUGGCUUCUAUUUUUCUCUCUUUUGCUGGGGUCGGGUUCGGGGUUGACGGUUAUCGACAAUUUAGGCCAGAUGAGCCAAUCUUUAGGUUAUGACAACGCUAAUAUUUUCGUGUCGAUGAUCAGCAUUUGGAAUUUUCUUGGACGCUUCGGCGGAGGAUAUCUCUCUGAGAUUGUCGUGAGGGACCACGCAUAUCCAAGGGCAAUUGCCUUAGCAAUGGCUCAAAUCCUAAUGGCGAUCGGCCACUUCUUCUUCGCAAUGGCUUGGCCCGGCACGAUAUACGUAGGAACUCUCCUAAUCGGACUUGGUUAUGGAGCCCACUGGUCUAUUGUCCCCGCUGCCGCCUCUGAACUGUUCGGUAUAAAGAACUUUGGAGCAUUGUACAACUUCCUAACGGUAGCGAAUCCUGCUGGUUCAUUAGUGUUCUCGGGCGUAAUUGCUAGUGGGAUUUAUGAUUACGAAGCUGAGAAGCAGCGCAAACAUAUGAACUUGACACACUUACUACGGAAAUUGCUUUCGGAGGUGCAAAUUCGAGAGGACAAGGAAUUGAAAUGCGAAGGGGCAGUGUGCUUCUUCAUUUCCUCGUUGAUCAUGAUGGGGUUUUGUAUCGUCGCGUUUGUGUUGACCAUGAUCCUUGUUUAUAGGACCAAGAUUGUGUAUGCUAAUCUUUAUGGGAAGGGCCGCACUUGAGUUUGUCGCUAAGAGGAAUGAGAUCUCAUGAUCGCGAGAGGGUUAGUAGGUGGAGUAAGCUAUUUAUUACUUUCCAACAGUAAAUUAUACUUCUCUACCAAUUGGUUCAUUUCCGGCCUCGGAGAGAAAAUCAACCAAGAGAGAGAUAGUGUGAGCUUUGAUGGGUUAUUCUUGCUGUUUCUGAUUCCUCGAGAAUCAAGUUUGUAUAAUUCUGCUUGUGAGAUCUGAUAAAAGAAUUGUAUAAUUCUGCUUGUGAGAUCCGAUAAAAGAAAUAUUUGCGCGUGUUUUCGCAAAAUGAUAGUAUCUGUUGUAUUCUCUUAUUUUUGUAAUUAUGUCAAACAAUUACACUAGUCUUUGGAAGUUCUGCUACUCAACAUUCACUUCAGAUUAUAAGAUGAGUUCUGUUGGAUCAA